GAAGCAAAGCAAUCCCAACUAAUUAAAGAGAUAAUUUUCUCCUGCCCCGCCCCCUCCACUCAAACAGCGAAAUUGGCUUUCGCUCGGGCUGCGCAUCCUUUUUGGCAUCUUCUAAAACCCGGAAAAGGACGCGAACGGGAGGGCAGCGGCCGUACUGCGCAUGCCCAGAGCGGAGCCCGGUCCGGGCAGCUUGGGGCCGGCCGCGGGGCUGCCCGGAUGCUGCAGGAAACUACAAUGGAGAAGACCUUUCCUGUGGCUUUGCUCUUCACAUUAGUCAUAUCAGUGUUAGGUAAUCAUCAUGGAAUAGAACCAGAAAAAAGUGUUCCCAAUUGGGCAACUAGUAUUAAUAUUGACCUGGCAAUUGUCACUCAGCGGCAACACUUACAGGAACUUUUUCAUCGAUAUGGCGAGAAUGAUUCCUUGACAGUUGAAGGAUUUAGAAAAUUGCUUCAGAAUAUAGGUAUUGAUAAAACUAAAAGAAUCCACAUAAAUCAUGACCAUGAUCAUCACCAUCAUCACCAUGCUACCAUAAAUAAAAAUAUAAAGAAAACUCUAUGUCCAGAACAUGAAUCUGGUGGAAUAAGUAAGGAUACUAGGAAUAGCCAGAUUAAAGGAUUACACAAAUCAGAAAAUAUUGGGAGUCAGCCAAGUGUUUUGGUUAAGGACAGUGUUAGUGAAAUGACCACAGUUAUUUAUAGUACUGCCAUAGAAGGAAAUCGUUUACUAAAGACUACCAAACAGCUUCUGCCCAAAGAUUCAAACAGUUCCUCAUCAUCUAAUACUACAGAAGGUAGUAAUGUAAGCUUGCUGGCAAGUGAAAAGGCAAAUGAAUCAGUUGUGAAUGAACCGGACCGAGGAGGAAGCUCCAUAUAUUCUAAGCAUUCCAACCAAAAUGUUCAGGAGUGCUUCAAUGCAUCAAAACUGCUCCAGUCUCAUGGAAUGGGCAUACACGUAUUGCUGAAUGCAACAGAAUUUAAUUAUCUUUGCCCUGCUAUUAUCAAUCAGAUUGAUGUUAAAUCCUGUAUAGUUCAUGUAACCAGUGAAAAGAAGACUGAAAUACCUCCCAAGGCCUAUUCUUUACAAAUAGCUUGGAUUGGUGGAUUCAUAGCUAUUUCCAUCAUCAGUUUCCUUUCUUUGCUUGGCGUCAUCUUAGUGCCCUUAAUGAAUCGUGUGUUUUUCAAGUUUCUUCUAAGUUUUCUUGUGGCAUUAGCUGUUGGAACAUUAAGUGGUGAUGCCUUUUUGCAUCUUCUCCCACAUUCUCAUGCAAGUCACCACCACAGUCAUAAUCAUGAGGACCAACCCCUUCAAGCAAGCAGAGGACCACUUUUCAGUCAUCUCUCUUCUCAAAAUAUAGAAGAAAGUACUUACUUUGACUCCACUUGGAAAGGCCUUACAGCCCUAGGAGGCUUAUAUUUCAUGUUUCUUGCUGAACAUCUAAUCACAUUGAUCAAACAAUUUAAGGAUAAAAAGAAAAAGACUCAAAAAAAACCCGAAAGUGAUGAUGAGAUGGAGAUUAAGAAACAAUUGUCCAAAUAUGAAUCGCAACUUUCAACAAAUGAAGAGAAGUUAGACACAGAUGAGCGGCCUGAAGGUUAUAUAGGGGCAGAAUCACAAGACCCUGCACACUUCGAUUCUCAACAACCAGCAGUAUUGGAAGAAGAGGAAGUCAUGAUAGCUCACUCUCAUCCGCAAGAAGUUUACAAUGAAUAUGUAUCUAGAGGGUGCAAGAAUAAAUGUCAUUCCCAUUUCCAUGAUACUCUAGGCCAAUCAGAUGAUCUCAUUCAUCAUCAUCAUGAUUACCAUCAUAUUCUACAUCACCACCAUCAUCAGAAUCAUCAUCCUCACAGUCACAGUCAGCGCUACUCUCGGGAAGAGUUGAAAGAUGCUGGCAUAGCCACAUUAGCCUGGAUGGUGAUCAUGGGUGAUGGCUUACACAAUUUCAGUGACGGUCUAGCAAUUGGGGCAGCUUUUACGGAAGGAUUAUCGAGUGGUUUAAGUACUUCAGUUGCUGUCUUUUGUCAUGAAUUACCUCAUGAAUUAGGUGAUUUUGCGGUUUUGUUAAAGGCUGGUAUGACAGUUAAACAAGCUGUUCUUUAUAAUGCCCUAUCAGCCAUGCUGGCUUAUCUUGGAAUGGCAACUGGAAUUUUUAUUGGUCAUUAUGCUGAAAAUGUUUCUAUGUGGAUAUUUGCACUUACUGCUGGCUUAUUCAUGUAUGUUGCUCUGGUUGAUAUGGUGCCUGAGAUGCUUCACAAUGAUGCUAGUGACCAUGGAUGUAGCCGCUGGGGAUAUUUUCUGUUACAGAAUGCUGGGAUACUACUGGGUUUUGGUAUUAUGUUACUUAUUUCUGUGUUUGAACAUAAAAUUGUAUUCAGUAUAAAUUUUUAAAUGGGUCAUUAAUGUUAGAAUAAAGCUUUUCUACUUAUUUGUUGCUCUAUUUCAGAUAUAGGUCAUAGGGAAAGCGGGUUUUGUUUUGUUUUGUUUUUUAUGUGCUUCAUGAGAGUUUGUACUUAGUAGUACUUGAAAUUUUAUAUUAAGUAUUGCUGUUGGUUAUGACUGUAAAAUUGGUUAUUGAAAUAACAAAAGGUACAUUUUAAUGAUGUUUAAGUUAUUUUGUUCUGGAAAUAAUAACUAUGAUGUUAGGGUUCACCAGUAUUCACAGCUUUGCUGUAUGGACAAUUAUAUGGCAUGGCAUGAUCUAUAUAUAGUUCAGUUUUUUAAAAAAAAUUUUUUCUCUGAUUUCUUUAAAAAUUUUCUAACAUAGUUUUGCUCAUAUCAGAUUUUAAACCUCUGAAGUUCUUCUGUAAUGAAUUGGAGUCCUCAAUAUCCUAAGUUAUGCUAUCUGUGGGAGAUGAAAGAUUUAUACUUGAAUUCAAGAUGAGAAGAUGUAGAUAGUUUAUGUUUGGGGGAAAAAAUAGGACCUAUAAAGCAAGAGUGGUAGUCUGAGAGUGUUAUAUUAUAAUUACAGAAAAUUCCCUAACUGUUUAGCAGGUGAGGAAAUAAAAGAAUGUGAAGGCUUUGAAGUUGAGUGAAAGUUUAAAGGGUACAUUGCAGGAAGAAGGAAAAAAAAAUUUGGGGCAUUGAUGUUUUAAUAUUCAUACUAUACUCGGGUGUAUAUUUAGACCUCUUUUUCUAGAAAGAAAAAAAUACAAAUAGCUUGAAUGAAAUCAUUGUAAUACCAAACAGUAAUAGUUGACUGGAAACUCUCAAGUCAUAAACUAUAGUGUGGUGGGAUACCAGCUUUAGACAGGAAACUCUUGCUUCUCCAGAAUAGUUAGGAAAUGGAUGCUUUUAUUACUUGUGACUUUCCCUACAUGCCUAUACCUACACUGCUAAUUUUCAAAAGAGUAGAAUACAAUUACUUGUAAUUAUAGUUACAAAUUCUAAAACCUGGAAACUGUUGAAUACAAUUUGAUCUUUCUUUGCUAAUUAAGAAGACAUUUCAUGAUCUUGGGUUAACUUUUUGGACAUUAUUAUUUCACGGUACUUUAUUUGUGACCCUGUGGCAUGUUUUGAUAAGUUUGUUUAUUCUUUUUAAUAAAUCUUUUAUAACAAUUUCUUGUCAUUUGUUUAAUUUUCAUAAAAUGAGAGUGGAAAAUGUGUAAAUGCAGAGAUUCUGAACUAUUGUAUGUAUCCUGGCUGCCUUUCUGCAAGCUCAUAUUAAAGACUAACAAUCCUUUGCCAUAUUUUGGCUUCUUUAUCAGAAACACUGUGGGUAUUACUUCUGUUACCUUUGAAAUUCAACCUAUACUACCCAAGUUCAUUAAAUGUUUUAACCUGGA